UGAAUAUGGUUGAUGAAUCACUCUGUAUAAUAUAAUAGUAUAGGUAAGCCACAGAGAUAGAACCUAAAAUAUUACGAUAUUUACUAUAAUAAUUUUAUUUACUAUAAAAGAACUAAAAAGUAUAUCAAUAGUAUAAUCACACCAGUGUAAUAAACACAAAAAAUUAAUUAAGGUUACAUAAAAUAAAUUAUUUAUUUGUUAUACUUAUAUAUAGUAAUUGUAAUAAAUGAAUAAUAUAGGUACUAUAUAUUUGAGUAAACUUGUAAAAUGGAUGUACAAGGUAAGAUCAUGCUUGGGUGUAAGAACACAAACGCAAUUCAAAAGUUAGGCAACCAACAUUCUUUAACAAUUACAUAACAAUAUUUCCGAGACGGCCAUACACUAAAAAAUUCAUACACUACAUAAAUACGUGCGCAUGCGCAAUUAACAUAACAAACGCGAACAAUGAAUUCUGACGUUCCGUGAUAACAAUAGAGUGGGGAUAAAACAAUCGCUUCCUUAUAUAAACGCCACGCACAGACAAUAGACUCAGUACAGUAGUACACUCAGCACAACACGGCAGAUCAACAUAGAUGACCAGGUCGACGGAGCCCGCAGCAAAACCUCAGAACACCGACCAAUUUUUCUUUUGGCACAAAAUUAAUUUUUCUUCACAAAGUUAAACUACUAUUGCGCUUGUUCUAACACCGGGAUAUUGAUGUGUAAAUCGUAAAGAGUUAAUAACGUGCAUCGACUCAUCCCAAUCAGAGACAUCACUACAACACGAGACGCUCACCCGAUACAUUGCGACUUAUACGAAUAUCAGGCGUACGGGUUUGGAUAUUUACUCAACUUGUGCUGUACCAACGUGCCAAAAAAAUGAAAUCAAUAAUUAAUUCUAUAUUUGUAUGCAUAUCGUUAGCAGUUGCAUUAUGUUCAACCAAUGUUUCCUCGUUCUGCGGAAACGAUGAACAGAUCGAUGGUUUACGAACGACGUUAUUAACACAGGAAGGCAUUUACACGGCAUUGACAACACUUAGCGCAAUACCAGUAACCGGUGCGACGUUAGCGUUCGCGCAAGUGGCGUUGUCCACUCGGUAUGCUGUGCAUUUGCAUGAAGCAUUUGAUGAAAUGGAAAAAUCGUUGGAUAAGGACCAUAAAGACUACGAAAAGUGUUCAGAAAUCUUGGAAAUGUCAGUAACAGCAACCACAAUAAUGAAGUCAUUUAGUUUUGGAAUGUCUAUGACGUCAAUGAUACCGGGUGUCGGUUUGGCGUUUUUAAUUCCAAGGUUAUUUACAUCGAUAUCUGCUAUGGCAGUUAUAAGAGAAAGAUUAGUAUUUUGGAAAGAUGCCGGUUGCCAAUAUGCUACCACAAGAGAUUGUAAUUUAUAG